AUGUCUCAGCCACCACCACCACCAUCUCCUCUCCGCAUCCUCCGGAUACACGGAGACGAGAUCAGCACUCUCGCCUUCUCAAACGACAAUGAGCGAUUGUACUCGGGCGACACCUCUGGUCGAGUGGUGAUCACCUCGACGCGUACGAUGCGCCCCCUGGCCGCCUGGAACGCGCAUACAGACGGCAUACUGGGCGUCCAAGAAUGGGGGAACUCCGUCAUCACACACGGCCGAGAUAACAAGUUGCAUGUAUGGAAGCGCGUCCUGGCGCCUUCAAUAUCGGUGGGGGAUUCCGCUGCGGUGCAUGAAGAUACGAAACCCGAUCUGCUGUACUCGAUGGACGUGAAUGCAUUGAACUACUGCCGAUUCUCUCUGUGGUCCUUACCAUCAAACGACGACGAGGAACCUCAAGCCCUUGUUGCUCUUCCGAACCUCGUUGAGUCGUCAAUGGCCGAUGUCUGGUCAUUACCCGCUCGAGAUCGUCUUCACGCGGCCAUAGGCAAGAAGGGAGGCUCGACGCCUGCCAUUGAUGGACGAGGCGAAUACGGGAUCAUCAUGUCCAUGCACCUCUUCGAAUAUCAGCACCCCGCCACGUCCACUCAGCGCGAUCUACGACUCCUACUCGGAUACGAAAGCGGUGCCGUCACACUGUGGAGCUACACUCGCGAUUGGCAUCAGAAGUCCAUCGAAGGCAUGGGAUGGGAGAGCCGGUGGACGGCUAAAUUGCACGUCGAGUCCGGCACGUCUGCGACUGCGUUCACGGUUUCUGCCGAUCAUCUUGUGGGACGAUACGAUGUAGAGGGUGCAGAAUCUUCUGUGGAAGCAGGCUGUAAAGCCUAUCCGAUCAAGCAGGUCGGAAACGCCGCCGUCGCGAUCCGCGAUGACGGCCGGAUCUGUGCCAUCGCGGGCUGGGAUGGCAGGGUUCGAUUGUUCAGCACGAAAAGUCUAAAACCUCUGGGCACAUUGAGCUAUCAUAAAGGAAGUUGUCAAACUGUACAUUUCGCGAGGACCCGAUAUUCUCAAGGUGUACAAGACGAGGCCGAUGACGACGACGAGAUAGACGACGCCGAGAAGCGCAGGCGCGGGCAGUGGUUGGUCAGCGGCGGAAAGGACUCUAGGAUCGCAAUUUGGCCUCUCAUGAGCUUUACAAAGUGA